UUAUAUUAUGUGCAGAAACACUGUACCUUUAAUUUAAAAUGCCCUUGGAGUCAGCUGGGGGAAGAUUAAAAUUAAUACUGUCAGUCAGUUAUGAACAUGCAGAUAUGAGUGCCCGGUCGAUCUUAGGAAAUCACCGCACACUUCACUCAUUUGGGCAGUCAGGGGCAAAAUCCAGAGUGUGGAGCAACAGUGUGGCGGUGGAGGCCGCCGCAAUGGAGGCCAUACAGCACCCUAUGACAAAAUGGAAACCCCACCGCUGGGGGAAACCCUGAAAGUGGCCUGGCAGAGUGUGGCGAUGGAGACAGCAGAAAUGGGAGGCCACAGGGACCCUGCCCAACCGGGCCUGGCAGACAUGAGGAGCGGUAGGGGGGCCCCCUACAGAUUACUGGCCUGGAGCAGCAUGUAAGGAGACCUGAAGUGCAAUGGCAGAGUCUGGCGAUGAAGUCAGCAGAAAAUGGGAGGCCGUACAGGGACCCAUGACACACUCUGGACCUGGCAGCAGAAAGAGGAGGCGGUACGGGGGCCCCAUGACGAUGGCAAGCGAAAGCAGUUUAAAUUGAAGGCCCUAACAGGGCCCAUG